CGCCCUCGCCUUCGUCGUCUUCUCGACACACACUCCCACUGCGCAAAGCGAGCGGCCGAGCGGACGGGCAACCAACCAACCCACCCCCACUCGCCUCCCUCUUUCUCCGCCGUUGCAGCCGACGGAGCCGUCCGUCGUCUCGCCAUGGAGAGCGCCCACAAGAGCGGAGGCGGAAGCACGCCCGGAGCGGGAGCCGGAGCCGGAGGGGAGGGCGUUCUGUGCCACGCGUGCGGGUACCAGUACCCCAACGGGCACCCGAGCGCCAAGCAGCGGCGCGCGCACCGGAAGCACUGCGGCAAGCCGACGUCCGCCGCUGGCGCCGGCGCCGCGGCGGAGGAGGGCGCCGGGGAGCACGACGGCAGCGACCUGCUUCUAGGUGAGGGCGGAGGAGGCGCGGGAACGGAUGGGAACGGAGCCGGCGCGACGGAAUGCGGCGGCGGCGGCGGUUCGCCUGGAUCUGCGCACGACGGGCCUGGGGACGCGGUGGUGGAGGGAGGAGGGGACAGUGCAGGUGCAGAUCCUUCAGGUAAUGGUGCUGGGCAUCAAGUCAUUGUCAUUGGAGAUAAAUGUGCUGAAGAUUGCUUCAUCAGUAGCAGUAAUAUUCCUCCUGAAUUCACUUCUGAGGCCAGCAGGAUUGAUGAUGGUACUCUGACUACAGUGGCUGCACAGUACCCUGAAAAAGGAUCACCAAUUGAGGAUGGGGAUCCAUCUGAUCCAGCAGUUGGUUCUGAACAUCUCCAAGAUAUUCCCACUUCUUUUGUUUCACCAGAGCCUGAAGACCGUGCAAAAUUGAGUUCUGAAAUCUCUGAAUAUAAAAUAGAGAACUCGAGUAUUGUGCCUCUGGAAUCAGAUGCAGCUGGAGGUAGAACUUCCGAAUUGACGAGUGAUGUAGUCAAGCAGCAGGAUGGAGUUGCUGUGACUGGGGAAGAUGGUAUGAUCAACACCAUAGGUGAAAGUAAAUCUAGUGAGAGAAAAUCUGUGCAAGGUGAUGAGCUUGGUCUCUCCUGUCAAGAUAUUCUACAGACUGAGAUUGGUGAGGGGCUCAGUAGCACUGUAGUGGAGGAAGAUUCAGGUGACAAGAAUCCUACUGCGAGCAACAAUGAAGAAAUCCGGAGCGAUGGAACUGAAUCAAAUCAGCAAAGGAAGCAUGAGUUAACUGACUCAUUUGAGAAAGUUCCUAACAUUGAGCCCGUUGAGUCUUCUGCUGAGAAAUUUGUUGGUACAGAUGAUGAUGUGCUUCAACUUGGUAAAGGUGGUUGCCACUCAGAGAUAUCUGAUGAUAGCAAAGCUCAGCAGCAACCUGACUCUACCUCUGGAAUGGCAGAUCAUCUGGCAAUCUCCAAAGGGGCAGACAAUGUUGAAGGACAGCAUUAUCCUACAACAGAUGAAAGCAUCGGAGCAAUAUCAAGUACAUCUGGACUUGCUGUUGAUGCCAAAUUUAUAUCUGUUGAUGCCACUGCUAACCUUACGGAGGAUGUUUCUUCGUCUGGCAUAACAAUAGAUGACAGCAUGCAGGAAAAUGUGACAAGUGGUACUAUCAUACCAUCUCAAGCCGAUCUACUGAAUUUCAGUCCUUCCGCUACAGCACAUGAAAUCAACAUGGUCGAUAGUAUAAAUGAUGUUGAAGAAAAGAGUCAGAAUGAAAAAAGCAGUACAGAUCUUGCUUCAUAUGAGGUAAAAGAGAUGGUUAUCAAGGAUAACUUUGAAGAAAAGCAGCAGAACAAAGAGGCCAUUGUAGAUCCCACUCCACAUGAAGCCAAUUCUUUUCCCAAUACUGAAAAUGAGCAGAAUGAAGAAAUUGGUGCAGACACCACUUCUUACAGGAUAAGUGCUGUACAAAACAUGAGUAGUACUGAAGAAAAGGAACAGAUUGAGGAAUUCAUUGCGAAUCUGGCCUCUGAAGAGGUCAAUGUUACAAGUAACAGAAACAUGGUCGAGCAGCAGGAUGAGACUGAUGUAAAAACAAACCAUGAGAUAGACGGGGCAUGCAGCAUAGAAGCUACUGGAGAAAAUAAUGCUGCUGCUGGUGAGAGUAUUGCGGGAACCAUGACAGAUGAUGUUGAAGACAAGAUGCCUAAUGAAGAAAUUACUUCAGGCACUAUCUCUCUUAACAUCACAGACAGCAGCAUUGAGGAAAAGAUGCACAACGAAGAAGUUAAUGAGGGCCUAGGUUCUCGUGAUGAUACUGUGGUACAUGACCCUGUUACUGUCAAAGAAAAGAUGUAUGAAGAGACUACUUCAGGUCCCACCUUAGACAAGUUCAGUUUGCUUACAUCUACUGAUAGUCCUGAAGAGAGAAAGGAUGAAAACACAAGUGCAGACCCUAUUUUGCACGAGACCAAUGUGGCACAAACUAGUGAUUGUGUUGAUGAAGAGAAGAUCGGGGAGCCUGGUGUUUACCCUACUUCCAGCAUUGAUACCAUGGGCAGCAUAGGCGAUGCUGAAGACAAGAAGCCGAGUGAAGAAACUACAGCAGAUCCUAGACCUGUUGAAAACACCACAGCACAAGGCACAGAGGAUGCAGAAAACAGCAAGCAGAUUGAAAACACUACCAGCAUAGGUGAUGCUGAAGACAAGAAACCGAGUGAAGAAACUACAGCAGAUCCUAGACCCGUUGAAAAUACCACAACACAAGGCACAGAGAAUGCAGAAAGUAGCAAGCAGAAUGAAAACACUACUAGCAUAGGCGAUGCUGAAGACAAGAAGCAGGCUGAAGAAACUGCUGCAGAUUCUUCCAUUGAGAACUCCACAACACAAGGCACAGAGGAUGCUGAAGACAAGAAGCAGGCUGAAGAAACUACUGCAGAUCCCAGAUACAUUGAAAACGCCAAAACACAAGGCACAGAGGAUGCAGAAAGCGGCAAGCAGAAUGAAAAUACUACCAGCAUAGGAGAUGCUGAAGACAAGAAGCAGGCUGGAGAAACUACAGCAGAUCCUAGGUCCGUUGAAAACGCCACGACACAAGGCACAGAGGAUGCAGAAAGAAGCAAGCAGAAUGAAAACACCACCACUACAGAUGAAACUGCUGAAGUUUCACAGAACACAAAUGUCAUCAAAGAAAGGGAGAUGGCGGAAGAUACAGCCUCAAAGGAGAUCAGCACCAUAGAAAGCACAGAUGACCUGAAGGGAGCUACCGAUCAGAACGAAGAGAUAGCCGACAAGGAAAUGGUCACUGACUUGGACAAGAACCACGUGUCGUUGAAGGUCCUCCUCGCUGACAAGAACGUGGAAACCAAAGAGAAGGAGAAGAAGGCGAGCACCAAGGACCGGGUACUGUCGUUCAGGCGCCGGGUAUCCAAAGACAAUGUGUCACCAGUGAAGCCAGGUUCGCCCAAAGACGGUUCAGGGCAGCAGGACUGGAACUCUCCCGCCAGGUUGCCUGUUGAGAAGAAACCCAAGGGAAGGAAACAGCAGUGGGUACCGUUUAUUUGCUGCUCGUCGGUACAGUGAUCCAUUUGCCAGCAUCAGCUAGAGGGCGUCCAUUGUUAUGUUAUUAUACGCUGAUGAAAAUAGUCAGGACCUUCGUUCCAGGACGUGAUUGGACCUUGGCAUCUUGCCACUUGGAUUGUUUACUCGGUUUGCCGUUUGUUAUUAUACUCUAUAUUUGUUGGUGUAAAUUAACUAGAUGCAUCGAGAGGUCCUUUUGGUGUAAAUUAACUAGAUGUGUCCAGAGUUGUCCUUCCAUUGAUCUGCAAACAUUGUGCAACUUGUUUAGUUCGUAAAAUUUUUGGUUUUUGGCUA